ACCCGGUCGAAGCGGUUUUUGGAGAUCCAGAAGCUGCGCGACCGCAACAGCGAGUACGAGCCGGUGGAGGCGCUUGAGAUCGUCAAGGCGACGGCUUCCGUCAAGUUUGACGAGUCCGUCGAGGCGCACUUCCGCCUCAACAUCGACCCGAAGUACGCCGACCAGCAGCUGCGCGCCACGGUUUCUUUGCCCAAGGGAACCGGCCAGGUGGUUCGCGUUGCUGUCCUCACUCAAGGAGAGAAGCAGAGGGAGGCGACGGACGCGGGCGCUGACGUGGUGGGCGCGGAGGAUCUGAUCGAGCGCAUUGCGGGCGGCUUCCUCGAGUUCGACAAGCUCGUCGCCACGCCUGACAUGAUGCCCAAGGUGGCGCGUCUGGGUCGUCUGCUGGGUCCACGUGGCCUCAUGCCCAACCCCAAGGCCGGCACCGUCACCACCGACCUUGCUUCGGCUGUGGUGGACUUCAAGGCGGGCAAGGUGGAGUACCGGGCGGACAAGACGGGCAUCGUGCACGUGCUCUUUGGCAAGGCCUCCUUCUCCAACGAAGACCUCCUCACCAACCUCGUUGCCGUCGCUAACUCUGUGGAUGCGAAUCGCCCACCAGGCGCCAAGGGAGUGUACUGGAAGACUGCUUACAUCUGCGCAACAAUGGGCCCGUCUGUGCGUGUAAAUGUGUCGGCCUUGAGGGACUUCAAGCUGCCCACUACCUCAUCCUGCCGCUCGAGCCCGUUAACCAUGGGCUCGGAGCAGCGCAGUGUGUUCACGGUGGGCAGCACUGUGUGGGUGCCGGAUGAGGAGGAUGCAUGGGCGGAGGGCGAGGUGGUGGGCGUCAAGGAUGGCGCUGGGGGUGCAGGCGGGCAGGUGGUGGUGCGCACCACAGGGAAGAAGAAGCGCGAGGUAACGGUAGCAGCGGGUGCGUGCUAUGCACGCGAGGAGGAUGGCGGCAUCAUGGACGACAUGGUCAAGAUGGCCUACCUGCACGAGCCGGGGGUGCUCUCCAACCUCAUGCUGCGCUACCAGCGCAACCUUAUUUAUACGUACACGGGCAGCAUCCUGAUAGCAGCGAACCCCUUCAUGCGCAUACCAGGCAUCUACGACCGGGAGAUGAGGGAGGCGUACAGAGGGGCACAGAUCGGUGACCUCAGCCCGCAUGUGUUCGCGAUUGCUGAUAACGCGUACAGGGCGAUGGUGGACGAUAAGCGCAGCCAGUCGAUUCUGAUCAGCGGGGAGAGCGGGGCGGGCAAGACGGAGACAACGAAGCUGGUGAUGGAGUAUCUGGCUUCUGUGGGGGGGCGGUCUGAGGCCACUGAGGGGCGCAGCAUUGAAAGCCAAGUGCUGGAGUCAAACCCAUUGCUGGAAGCCUUUGGCAACGCCAAGACGGUGCGAAACGACAACUCGAGUCGCUUUGGCAAGUUCAUCGAGAUCCAGUUCGACCAACGCGGCCGCGUGUCCGGCGCCGCCAUCCGCUCGUACCUGUUAGAGCGGUCCAGAGUGGUGCAGAUAGCAGACCCCGAGCGCAACUACCACUGCUUCUACCAGCUCUGCGCCGGUGCAUCCCCUGAGGAGGCAGAGAAGUACCGGCUUCCUCCAGGGCCGAACAGGGCGGAGAAGUUUCAUUACCUGAAGCAGAGCAAGUGCAUUGAGCUGGAGGGGAAGCGGAGCAACGCGGAGGAGUAUGUGAUCACUCGCAACGCCAUGGACGUUAUUGGCAUCUCCCAGGACGAACAGGCAUCGAUAUUCGGCAUUGUGGCGGCCAUUCUGCAUCUGGGCAACGUGGAGUUCAAGGAGAAGGGCGACAAGAUGCGCAUCGCCAAGAGCUCGGAGGAGAAUCUUGAGAACGUCGCUCACCUGCUCUCGUGCGACAAGAAGAAGCUACAGGAGUCACUAUGCACAUUGAGGCGCAAGGUGGGAGGCGAGGUGAUCAAGAGCUAUCUGGACGAGAAGGGGGCUGUGGUGCGCAGAGACACGCUCGCCAAGACACUCUACUCCAAGCUCUUUGACUGGAUAGUGGAGAAGGUGAAUCGGUCCAUUGGGCAAGACGCUAAUUCCAUGGCGCUCAUUGGCGUGCUCGAUAUCUACGGCUUCGAGCACUUCAAGCUCAACAGCUUUGAGCAGUUUUGCAUCAAUCUGGCCAAUGAGAAGCUCCAACAACACUUCAACCAGCACGUGUUGAAGCUGGAACAGGAGGAGUACGAGCGGGAAGAGAUCAACUGGAGUUACAUCAACUUCAGAGACAACCAGGAUGUGCUAGACCUCGUUGAAGGGGAUAAGGGCAUCCUCACACUGUUAGAUUCGGCCUGCAAGCUAGCCCAGUCCACACCGGAAUCAUUCACCAUGUCGCUGUACGACGCCUUUUUGAAGCACGAGCGAUUCACCAAGUCCAAGGGCUCCGUCACUGACUUCACGCUGGAGCACUACGCGGGGCGAGUUAAGUACAGCACCAUGGAGUUCAUCAGCAAGAACCUCGACGCCGUGGUAUCAGAGCACGAGGCGCUGCUGCAGAAGUCCACCGACCCGUUUGUGGCCGCGCUGUUCCCUGCGGCUCAAGAGGAGGUGAAGGAGGGCGGAGGGAAGGGCGGCAAGGCCACCACCAAGUUCGCGUCGUUGGGGAAAUCGUUCAAGUUACAACUGUCGCAGCUGAUGGACACGCUGAACCGCACAGAACCGCACUACAUCCGGUGCAUCAAGCCCAACUCCAAGAGCCGGCCGGCGCUGUUUGAGAAGAGCAUGGUGGUGGAGCAGCUGCGAUCGGGGGGAGUGUUGGAGGCCAUUCGCAUGUGCUCGGCGGGCUACCCCACUCGCCGCCUCUUUGACGACUUCAUCGACAGAUUCUCGCUGCUCGUGCCCUCGCUCUUUGACAAGGAACGCCCUCACUCCCUCGUUCACUUUGCCAAGCUGGAGCUUGUUCCGUUGCCUUUUGAGUCGACUCAAAAGUCAUUCUGCGUGGCAGCCAAGCUGGAGCCUGUUCCGUUGCCUUUUGAGUCGACUCAAAAGUCAUUCUGCGCCAUGGCAGCCAAGCUGGAGCCCGUUCCGCUGCCCGUUACCCUCCUGCGUGCCCACCUGCGCUGCGUGCUGCCAUGCACUCACUCCCAUGCACUCACUCCCAUGCACUCACUCCCAUGCACUCACUCCCAUGCACUCACUCCCAUGCACUCACUCCCACUCACUCCCAUGCACUCACUCCCAUGCACUCACUCCCAUGCACUCACUCCCAUGCACUCACUCCCAUGCACUCACUCCCAUGCACUCACUCCCAUGCACUCACUCCCAUGCACUCACUCCCAUGCACUCACUCCCAUGCACUCACUCCCAUGCACUCACUCCCAUGCACUCACUCCCAUGCACUCACUCCCAUGCACUCACUCCCAUGCACUCACUCCCAUGCACUCACUCCCAUGCACUCACUCCCAUGCACUCACUCCCAUGCACUCACUCCCAUGCACUCACUCCCAUGCACUCACUCCCAUGCACUCACUCCCAUGCACUCACUCCCAUGCACUCACUCCCAUGCACUCACUCCCAUGCACUCACUCCCAUGCACUCACUCCCAUGCACUCACUCCCAUGCACUCACUCCCAUGCACUCACUCACAUGCACUCACUCCCAUGCACUCACUCCCAUGCACUCACUCCCAUGCACUCACUCCCAUGCACUCACUCCCAUGCACUCACUCACAUGCACUCACUCCCAUGCACUCACUCCCAUGCACUCACUCCCAUGCACUCACUCCCAUGCACUCACUCCCAUCCCAUUCUCACCCCCCUAAUGUCGGACCCUGAGUACGUGGAGGUCAUUCUGCGCCAUGCCAAGCUGGAGAAUUACCAGUGUAUGCGGUUCCUGUGUGAGUUGUAUGCGGUUCCUUGUAUGCGGGUCGGUGGGUGGAUGGAUGUGUGUGUGCGUGUCAGCGAGGGGGUAGAUCGGAAAGUCAAAGAUAUUCCUGCGAGCGGGGCAGAUGGCCCUAAUGGAGACAUCGGAAAGUCAAAGAUAUUCCUACGAGCGGGGCAGAUGGCCCUAAUGGAGACGUGCCGGCUGGAGAUCAUGAACGCUGCUGCCGCCCGCAUUCAGCGUGCCACGCGCCGCUUCCUCUUCCGCCUGCACCGCGCCCGCGCUGCCCUCUGCAUCCAGAAGCUCUGGCGCGUCUGUUCACUUCACAUUGCCCCUCGGCAUCUACCUCUUCUUUGCCUUCCCCCCCGCUUCCCCUCCAGCCUACAAGGCACGGGAGUUCGUGUACCACCUGCGGCAGCGCCUGGCAGCAAUGUGCAUCCAGCGCAUGGAGCGGGGCCGGCAGCAGUGCAUGCGCUUCCUCACACCAUCCCUCCUAUCCCCUCCUUUCCUUCACCCCCCCUUCCAGCCUUCAAGGCACGGGAGUUCGUGUACCACCUGCGUCAGCGCCUGGCAGCAACGUGCAUCCAGCGCAUGGAGCGGGGCAGGCAGCAGCGCAUGCGCUUCCUCGUGCUGCGGCGGGCAGCAAUCACCAUCCAAGCCAAGUACCGCAUGCACCUCUAUCGCACGCGCUACCUGCACAUGCGGGAUAAUCUCGCUGCCACCCACAUUCAGUGUCACUGGCGGGGCUAUGCAGCGCGCAAGCCCUGGAAGGCCCUGCGGCAGUACUUCUUUGCCCGGCUGGCCAGGCUGCGGUAUAAGAACCUCAAGCUGGAGGCGACUCGCAUUGCUGAGCUGGCGCCGCCACGCAAGAAGACGGAGGUGGCGAUGGAUACGAUCCGCAUGAUGGUGCUGCGCGUGCAGAGGGACAAGGCGGAGAAGGGGCGGCAGGCGUUGGAACGGCAGCUGGCGGAGGCACGAGAGGAGGUGGAGCGGCGGGGCAGGGAGAUUGCAGCUCGAGGCAGGGAGAUAGCCCGGCUGCAGGAGAUGCUCGAUGCGGAACAGGCCAGGGCGGAGGCUGCAGAGGCGGAGGUGAGGGAAAUGGUGGCGGAGCGGGAGGAGCAGCGGGAGGAGCAGCAGCAGCACUUGGUGAAGAUGAAAGAGCUCUCUGUGUUGCCUGAUGCGCUGAGUCAUACGCCCACUGCUGCUUCUGCUGCUGCUGCUGCUGCUGUUGGUUGUGGCGUUGGUGAUGGUGCUGCUGCUAGGGAUGAGGCUAGGAUGUUGGCAAAUGCGGCAGCUGCAGCAGAGGCGGCUGUUGACGGGGCGGCAUCAGGAGGCAUUCCCGUGUCUCCUUCCUCCCUCCGCUCCCUUGCCUCUCCCUCCUCCCGACGACCUCCCGUAUCGCCCAGGAGAGCCCCUUCUGCUGCUGCCGCCGCUGCUGCUGCUGCUGCUGCUGCUGCCAGUGCCGCUGCUGCCAGUGCUGCUUCUAUUGAUCCUCGUGCUGACCAUGCAAGAAGGCCUGUGCAAGGCGAGGGAGAGGGAGAGGAGGGAGACGAGGGAAUGGAGGAGGUGAAAGAGGUGGCGAUGGAGGGGGAUAGGGAGAAGGAGUGUGUUGUGGUGGGGGUGGAGGGCGGCGCAGACAGGACGGCCCUUGCCAACCAUUUCUUGCCGCCAAUUCUGGAAAGAUCUGCACAAAGCGAGGCGGAUCUAGUGGAGGCAGAAGAGAGGGCAGGGAACAGAGGAAAUGACGGCGAUGGCAACAGAGGAAACGACAGUGAUGGGAAGGAGGAGCAGGAGGAUCAAGGUCACAGGAAGCAGCAGCAGGCUCAGGAGAAGGGGCAGGAGCAGGUCCCCUCAGAGGACGGUGACUUGGACCACGAGGGUGGGGCAGCAGCCGAGCAGGACCGAGGGCCGCUGAGUGCCGACAGGGGUCCGCUUAGUUCAGAACGGCCCAGGAGAAUGUCGGCUGGCGCGGGAGGGGGUGGAGCGGGAGGGAAGGAGUUUGGGCGGUAUGGGAGCAGCUCGUUCCGGGGCUCGCCCGCUCGGGAGUUUGAAGGGGGAGCGCGGGUGGGGCGAGGGGAGGAGGGGUCGUGGAGUGGGAGGAAGCUGGGUGGAGUGGGGUCGAGAUCGGCUAGGAGUGGGGCGAGUGAGGCGUCGCCGCGGGGAGGCGUGGGGAUGGGGAUGGGGACGCCGCCCACUCCUGGGGGGAGUGGGGCGGGGACGCCGCGGGGGAAGAGUUUGACGUUUUCGGCGAGCAACUUUGAUAAGAUCCUUGCGAGCAUGCAGCGCGAAGUGGAGAUUGCACAGAAGAUGCGGGAGGAGAACAACUGGUUGCGGGCAGCGUACAAAGAGGCAGUGCACAAAGCAGAGGUGGCGGCAGCACUGGCGGGGGCGGAGAGGGCGAGGGCGGAAGAGGCGGAGAGGAACGUGGCAGCGCGGGAGGAGGAGAUGCGGGAGGCCCUGGCACGAUGCCAUGAGCUGCAGGAGAAGCUGCUCGGGAGAUCACGCGAGGUGCGCACGUUGAGUCAGAGGCUGAUUGCCUUCCAGGCCAGCAUGGCCAAUGCCAAUCCGGCCAUGCCCAUCGACAAGCAGCAGGAGGUGCUUCUGAACGAGAUUGCGGUGAGCCGCUUCCCCUUCGGUCCGCAAGGCCAGCCGGUGGCAGCGUGUGUGGUGUACCGGUCGCUGCUGCACUGGCGAGUGUUCCAGGCCGAGAAGACCAACGCGUUUGACCGAAUCAUUGAGACCUUCCAGAUGGUGUCUCGCUCCGAUGACAUGAGCACACUCAGCUACUGGCUCAGCAACCACGUUGUGCUGCUGUACCUCGUGCAGGUGGUGUACAAGGCCCCAGCAGAGAAGCCCAAGUUGGAGCGCGUCACCACGUUUGGCUUCUUCGGCGCUCGCCCCCCCACUCCGCCGCGACCCAGCGCAACGAUGCAGCAGGUGGAUCUGAUGCUGUUCAAGCAGCAGCUGGCGACCGGCAUCGAGCGGCUGUAUGUAACCAUCCGUGACAGUGCCAAGACAGAGCUCGCCGUCCACUUCAACCCUCAGGCACGAGGAGCAGAAGCGGAAGCAGGCGAGGGAGCAGAAGCUGGGGAGAACGGAGGGGCGGGCAUCCCCCCGGCAGGGGCGAGGGGGCGGGGGCGGGGGGGCCGGGCGCCGCAGCGCAACGCGGCGACAGCGAUGCGGAAACACAUCAUGUCGUCCUGGACCAACGUGGUCAUCACUCUGCGCCACAUCAUCGGGAACCUUGUGGCCAAUCACGUGCCGGCAGCGCUGCUGGAUGCUCUGAUUCGCCAGCUGCUGUUCUUUGUCAACAUGAAGAUAUUUAACAGCCUGAUGGUGCGCGCGCAGUGGUGCCCGUGCACAUACAGCAACGGCGAGAUGAUGGAGGAGGGGCUGAGCCGUCUGGAGCAGUGGGUUCACGAUGUGGAGGUGCAGUUGAGGGAGGUGCUGGGAGGGGAGAGAGACCCACUGAGGAAGGAGCUGCGGCACCUGCAGCAGACGAUUCUCUUCCUGACCCUGGACCACAAGCCGAGGAGAACUCUUGAGGAGUUAAGGAUGCUGUGUCCUGACCUGAGCAUGAACCAGCUGGUGCACAUGUGCAUUUGGUACGAGGACGAUAAGUACGGCACCAAGGGCGUGGACCCGAGUGUGAUCGAGCAGAUGUGGAGCGAGAUGGUGGAUGACAGCCCCAUGCUGCUAAGGGACGGUGAAGGCAUCCCCUUCACAACGGACGAGAUCGUACACAGCCUACCCGAGAUAAACCUGGACGAGGUAGAGCCUCCCCCCGAGCUCCAAGACGACCCCACCUUCCACUUCCUCUUCCCCCUCACAUCCAUCCCCUCCGUCCCCUCCACUCCCACCGCCGCCUCGCACACUCCCCGCAACGCCUCCCCGCGCCUCCCUCCCCCUUCCGGGCCAUCAUCCAUCCCCCGAUCGGCCUCGCUCUCUCAUGCCCAUUCUCGGCCCGGCACCGCUCCCCACCCUAUGGGGGGUGGUACUCCUAGGGCUGCUGGGGCGUCGUCGGUUGCGAUAAACGCCAUGGCGGACGUAGGGGGAUACAUGCCGCCGCAGGAGCCAGUAACUUACAUGUGCGGGGAAUGCGGUGCUGAUAACACCUUGAAGCCCGGAGACGUGAUCCAAUGUCGAGAGUGCGGUUAUAGAAUUCUUUACAAGAAGCGAACGCGGCGCAUUGUGCAGUUUGAAGCCCGGUGA